UGUUACCGUUUGAGCCGUGUGUGAUGCGCUCACAUGACGACAAUGAAUACGGUAUGUCCAGUACGGAAGACACAGGGCGUUUUAAAACAUUAAAAUAUUUCAUUUAAUACCUUUUGAGUUUUCCACCAUCGAAGCAGCAAUGGAAAUGAAGACUGAAGGCAUGUUUGUGGGCUAAUGCGGUGACCGUGGAGAGACACAUCGCAUGAGGGAGACUGAGAGGUUAUAGAAUGGAGGUUCCUGCUGUAAACCCGAGCUAUCCAUCACCACCGCAGCCAUGGCCUGGAGAGAGCCACACGACCUGGGCCAUGUAUCCAGCCAGAUGUCCACCACAUCCAUGUCACUACUCAAACCUGAACUCGAUUCAUUCGAGCGCAGCAGUGAGCGUGGCCCCGAUGACCCGGCCUCAGUCGUUGUACUGGGACCCCUCACAGCAGAGCAAUCAGGAUGCCCAUAAACCUGUUCCUGAGCUCUCAGAUAGGAACACUCAAGGCAUGCCACAGAGAAGCUACUCAUUACCAACGAGUCCAGUGUCAAAUUCUAAGUCAGAGUCUCGAUAUGGCCUGGAUCCUCAGCUUCUUCCCAGUGUAGUACAGGUGAUCAAAGAGGACCAGGCCCAGUGGGAAGGGAAAGUUUUUGUUUCAGAGUGCAAAUCCUCUGUUCCCCCUCUCUCCUCAACACGAUGCACCCUGGAGGACAGAGGGAACACCACACCUCGUUUUGUCCGUUUUACUUCCUACAGCUUCCCUGUGGAGGCUCAGUCAGCUCAGAAGAGCCACCUCCCGCUGGGUGCAAUCGUGUGUCCACUGGCCAGGCCUGAGAGAGGGGAACAUGCUGUGCCAAUGUGUGAAGCAGGGGAAUGUGUAAAGGGCUGUGCACACUGUGAGGCUUUCAUGAGCCCUGCUAUGAGCUGGCAGGACUGCGGGCAAAGAUUCUACUGUCCUUUCUGUGACAGUCUCACUGAAGGUAAGAUAGUCUCUCUGUCAGCCUUUACAGUCUUUCUCGAUUUCUGUUUUAAACUACAGUAUGUACUUUUCUGUCUCAUAGUGCCAUGGCAGACUUAUCAACCCACUAAUCAGGGUCGGCGUGUUGAUUGGGACAAAAAACCUGAGCUCAGUCGAGGAUCUUAUGAGAUCCUUGAGAAACAGACGUCUUCUAAAUGGGACAAUGCUGCUGUGUUGCUGCUGGCAAUAGAUGUUUCUGCCAGUGCAAUGAGAACGGGGCAGCUAGACCACAUUUGUCAACAGAUUUGUUCACAGUUACAUGCCUUAAAUGGGGGGGGCCAAUCAGAUCUUCGAGUGGGUUUGAUGACCUAUGACAGCCGGAUCCAUCUUUAUAACCUGAGCCCAGCUCUGUCCCGCCCCCACAUGAUGGUCAUCACUGAUUGUGAGGAGCUAGAGCUUCCUGUAAUGGAGGGCCUACUGGUGCCACUGAAAGACUGCAGACACAUAGCUGAGAGAGUUCUACAGGAAAUUGCAUUUUUUAACCCUGAACCGGAUAACAAAUCCAGCUCACAAGAGCUCCCCGUUUCUGCUACGCUGAAAAUUCUUCAGGCUGUAGGCUCUCCUGGCAAGUUAUUGAUCUUCCAUUCCUCACCUCUUACUGAAGGCACGAAUCAGAGGAGUUCCUCUGGCUUCUUCAGUUCUAGCAAAGUGAAGUCAAUUUUUCAAGGACCGGACUCUUCUACCUCAUUGGCUAAAGAGUGUGUCAAUCAAGGCUGCUGCGUGCACAUGUUUUUGCUCUCUCAUCAAGAAGUAGGCGGAGCUUGGCCAGGGCACAUUCCCAACCUCACAGGGGGCGGCCUAAUCUGUUACAACAGUCUACAGUCAGAGAUAGAACAGGAGCGUUUCCGAGCUGAUCUGAGAAAAAGUGUGAACAUGCAGGUGGCCUUCAAAGCUCAGCUCAAAGUCUUUGUCAGUAAAGAGAUGCGCAUAACUGGUUGCUAUGGCGCCUUCAUCACCAGUCCUGACUCCAGCCGGGUUGCCUUGGCAGCACUUGAUUGGCACACAGCUAUGGCAUUUGAAUUCACUCACAACAAAUCUCUAGAUGAAACAAGGGGUGUAGCAAUACAGUUUGUGCUGUCAUACAGUACAUAUUCCGGAGAGAACAGGACACGAAUACACACUGUUACACUGCCGUGCUCCCAUCUGCUGCUGGACACCUUCAGAAGCAGCCAGGCCGAGACGCUUCUCACAUUCUACUGCAAGAAAAUGUAUUCCUCAGUGUUGGAGAGUCCACUACAGUCCCUGCGUGAGGAGUUACAGAUGGAGGUUACUGAGAUGUUAGCGUGCUUCAGGAAACACAGCGGCACUACCUCUGUGUCCCCAGGACAGCUGGUGUUGCCUCAGUUUCUGAAAGCCUUACCUGUCUACAUUAACAGUCUGCGCAAGAGCGAGGUGCUGCUGCCUGGGCUGCAUAGCUCUGUACAUCAGCGUCUACAACUGCGUAGCCUUAUUGUCUCCAUGGACACGCUGAGCACUGCUUCUCAGUUCUACCCACUUAUUCUGCCUCUGCCUGUCUCUGCUGAUAAUGCCAACAUGUCACCAGUAGGAGAAGCUGUGCGCUGUACUGUCUCUAGUCUGGAUCCAGGGGGUCUGUAUCUGAUCUACUGCCCACUGGCACUGCUCCUGUGGGUGGGCAGCUGUGUGCCUCCUCACACCCUUCUCCAGCUUUUUAACACCAACUCCUUUUCCAUUCUCACAUCUGGCGAGCUUCCUGUGCUUGAGAACUCCCUCUCCAUCAGCACCAGAGCUCUCAUAUGCUCUCUGCAGUCCACAGCAGCUGCUACUCUCCAGCUAAAGGUGGUGCGGGAGGGUGACAGCUGUGAGGAGUCUGUGCAGCGCCUCCUGGUGGAGGACAAGAGCCCUAACGGUGGAGCCUCAUACGCUGACUUCCUUUAUCACCUUCAUGUUAAUGCAUUGCGUCUAAUUGUUUGACUGUCUCUUUUCGUACACCAGGCUAUCUAAUUUGGCUCUUGAAUAUUUGUAAAGCCCUUUUCCAAUGGGUGCGUUCCAUCAACAUUUGUCUUUUGUCAAUUGCUGUCAUACUUAGGGAUAGUUCACCAAAAAUUAGAUUUCUUCAUUUUCUCAACCACAUGAAAUUUCAACCCUGUAUGUGACAGCCUCAGUCACUAUUCACUUUCAUUGCAUUUUUUUUUUCUCCAUACAAUGAAACUAAAGUUACUUGAUAUUGAACAUGCUGCUUUUUUUAAAAGCAACAUUUUUGCUUUUUUUUAAUUUAUUUUUAUUUAUUUAUUUAUUUUUAUUUUUUUUGGCUGAAUACUAAAAUUAGUCCUUUUAAUUUUCAAGGGCUCAAAAUGACUGAAUACUGUUUGUACUCCCUUCAAAGACUCAUCAAUAAUUCUGUAUUUGCUGUGUGUGUAUGUGGUUCUGGACACGGGUUUAAUUUAAUAUUUGCACUCUGAAUUAAUGAACUGAGUAUUAGAGUUAGAGUUGAGUUAGAGUGUGCAUGUUAAUAUUUUAAGCAAUAAUAUAUUUAUUCAAUUUUUUGUCUUAUUACAUCUCAACAUUUAAUGUCUCAAUAAGAGUGCUGAUAUUUUGAAUGGGCCAUCAGCAUGUGAAUACAUUUUAAAAUAAAUGAUUUAUCUAACAUUUAUUUUGUAAGAAGAAGAUACUUUCCCCUAUGAAUCAUGGAAAUACUUUAAAUAAAUGUAAAUGUGUGACUGCC